UCUCUGUACAGAAUGCCCAAAAGAACAGCUGCACAAGAGCUGUAUGGAGAGUACAGGGAGCAGCUGGGUAAUUUUGCCAGACGGGAGGCCACACGCCUGCUCACUGAGAGGCAAUCAAAGAAACAUGCUGCCAGUGCCCAGAGAACCAGGAGAAGUUUCGGUCGGGCACAUCAUGUCUCCUUGGAAACGGGACCCAUGACCUCAGGGUUUAGCCACUCCUCCUCAGUAAACAAGCCCUGCCCCCAUUCAAAAUGUCAAGACUGCCUUGGGCGGAUUCAGAGGUAUAUAGUGACAAAGCUUGGGGAGGACUGGCUGUUCCUGGUGCUGCUGGGCUUCACUAUGGCUCUGAUCAGCUGGAGUAUGGACUACGCAAGUGCUAAGAGCCUGCAAGCAUAUAAAUGGAUGUAUGUGGAACUGAAAGGGAAUGUGCCACUCCAAUAUUUGGCCUGGGUCACAUAUCCCAUAAUACUCAUAGUGUUCUCCUCUCUCUUCUGCCACCUGGUCGCCCCACAAGCAAUUGGGUCUGGUAUCCCAGAGCUGAAGACCAUUCUGCGAGGGGUGGUGCUGAAGGAGUAUUUGACUCUGAAAGCUUUUGUGGCAAAAGUCAUCGGCCUAACCGCUAGUCUGGGCAGUGGCAUGCCUCUGGGAAAGGAGGGCCCUUUUGUCCACAUUGCCAGUAUCUGUGCUGCUGUGCUGAGCAGAGUCUUGUCCAUCUUCACUGGGGUGUAUGAGAAUAGCGCCCAUGUUCAGGACCUGCUGGUGUGUGCGUGUGCGGUGGGAGUGGGCACCUGUUUCGCUGCCCCUGUGGGAGGCGUGUUGUUCAGUAUUGAGGUCACGUCCACAUAUUUUGCAGUGAGGAAUUACUGGAGAGGAUACUUUGCAGCCACCUUCAGUGCCUUUAUAUUCAGAGUCCUCUCCGUGUGGAACAAAGACUCUGUCACUAUUACAGCUCUGUUUCGCACAAACUUCCGCAUGGAGUUUCCUUUUGACCUGCAGGAGCUGCCAGCAUUUGCUGUCAUUGGGAUCUCAUGUGGAUUUCUGGGAGCUUUUUUUGUCUAUCUGAACAGGCAGGUUGUUUUGUUCAUGAGGAGACCAACAGCACUCACCCGUUUUCUCACCAAACACCGGUUGAUUUACCCUGCUGUGGUGACGCUGAUUAUUGCCACCUUCACGUUCCCUCCAGGCUUUGGCCAGUUCAUGGCUGGUGAGCUGAUGCCAAGGGAGUGUAUCAACUCUCUUUUUGAUAAUUUCACCUGGACAAAGAUUUGGAGAUCUGCUUCACCUCCCGGCUUGGGACGCUCUGCCAUGUGGCUUCAUCCACAUGUCAGCGUCUUCAUCAUCCUUCUCCUGUUUUUCAUUAUGAAGUUUUGGAUGUCUGCAGUGUCUACAACGAUGCCUAUCCCUUCUGGUGCCUUCAUGCCUGUCUUUAUACUGGGAGCUGCAUUCGGUCGGCUGGUGGGCGAAAUCAUGGCCACUCUCUUCCCUAAUGGAAUUCUUUUUGAUGGCAUUGUUUACCGAAUCCUUCCUGGAGGUUACGCUGUAAUCGGUGCAGCAGCUAUGACUGGCGCAGUCACACACACAGUGUCCACUGCAGUGAUUUGUUUUGAGCUGACAGGCCAGAUCUCUCACAUCCUGCCCAUGAUGGUAGCAGUGAUCUUAGCUAACAUGGUGGCACAAGGCCUGCAGCCUUCUCUCUAUGACUCCAUCAUCCAGGUCAAAAAGCUUCCCUAUCUGCCUGAGCUUGGCUUCGGACACAUCAGCAAGUAUAAUAUCUUUGUGGAGGACAUCAUGGUGAGGAAGGUGAAGUUCCUGUCCCCUCAGUCCACCUACCGUGAGCUUGAUCUCCUCCUGCAGUCCACCACUCUCAAAACCUUCCCGCUUGUGGAUUCUAAAGAGUCAAUGAUCUUAUUGGGCUCUAUUGAGAGGUGUGAACUCCAAGCUGCAUGUGACUGGUGGCUGUCAGCAGAGAGGCGAGUUUAUAACCAAGGUCAAGGUAUAUCCAGUCCAGGGUCAAAAGUCAGCUGGGAGUGCUUCACAUUUAUAGAUGAAGAAGAACAAGAGGAGAACAAAGAGAAGGGUAAUACAGUCUGUGAGGGGCCAAAUCGCCCACUGGCCUUUUCCAAAUCUGAGGAGGACUCCACCAAUCACAAAGCAUCUGGUACCCUAAAGUCCAUGAGGAGUGCUCUUCGUCGCCUGUUCUCCACCUCUUCCACUUCGGAGCAGGCAGAGUCACAGGACCCCUUGCCACCUCCUCUAACAGAAAGCAUGAAUCCAGACGAGAUCAAAGCUUGGGAGGAGGCUGAGAUGGAUAAGCCCAUUGACAUUGAUCACAUUCGCAUUGAUCCCUCCCCAUUUCAGCUGGUGGAACGAACAUCACUGCAUAAGACACAUACUCUCUUUUCUCUGCUGGGUCUUAGUCAUGCAUAUGUCACCAGCAUAGGUAAACUAGUGGGGGUUGUUGCCCUUAAAGAGCUCCAGAAGGCAAUUGAGGGUUCGACUGGCAGUGGUGUGCGACUGCGCCCCCCUUUGGCCAGUUUCAGAGAUGCCAACCGCAAGGCCAAAAAGCACCCCCACACACCUUCUGCACCAUCUUCACCCACUCGAGACAGGGAGCUGUGGAGUGAAGGAGGAAAGAGGGAUGUGAAAGAUGACACAGAGGCCAAAUUGGCCGUGGCAAAAGAGACAGAGUACAAAGUCACCACAGGCAACAACAGCAAAGAUACAGGCAGCUCCUCCAAGGACCAGCUGCCCUCGCCUCCCACCCACUCCUCUCUUUCCAUACCUCUGUCAUCCCUCCACCCUCAGCCCAAACGAGAGACAAGUGAAGAAAGAGAGAGUGAAGAAGAGCCUGUUUAGGACUGCUGUUUUUACUUUCCACAAAGUCAGGCCUCUGAAGGGAGGCAAUUCAUAUCAUGGUGCAUUCUGGGAUGGUGAGUUCAGUCUGAGCUGAGUUUAGGCUGCAGAUGGACUAGAAAGUUGUACCGUGUGUAGUUGUUUUCUGGGAUUUUUGACAUUUGACAUAUUUUUGAUGCACUCAUGGCUGUGUGUCUCUAUAUCCGUUCUCUCAGGAUACUGACUAGAGCCUAAUCUCAGUCUGCUGGCAGAACCUGUGCUGCUUUUCAGCAGUUAUUGAGAAGCAGGUGCUGAACUUCAGAUAUAAUCAGCAGACUAAAGACCUUAGAUACCAGAAUGAUUCACUAAAUUGUUUUCUAAAUAAUUAAAGCUAUAGCAUUAUAUGUCUGUUAUCACAUUGUUUGACAUGGUUAAAACUGUUAUUGUAAUUACUGAAGUCUAUUUUUUGUUGUUGUGAACAAGCUUAUUGUCACAGAUCUGCUGUCAUUUCAAAUGAAAAGAAAACCUUUUUCAUUACAGAAAAAAAUAUGCACAAUAAAGCAUCACUUUUUUUUGUU